AAGAUAAUAACAGUAACACACAUGCCCAACACAAGGCUGCCUCUUUCGCAUUUUACAUUACAGCUUCUACGCUAAUGGAGUGCUGUGAACACGCAUUCUAUGUGGUGGAUAUAUUCUCCGGUCCUGUGGAUUCAUGUGGGUGUUUUGUGUAUUGACUGAAGAUGCUGACGUUUCUUAUCUCCAUCUGCUUCUCGGGAUGUGGCCUAAAUAUUUUCGUUCACGCCUCUCCUUUGCCUUCAAGACGUACGCUAAAGUUCGCAGAUUAUUACGAUGAUGGAACAGUUAUUGAUCAGCUGACACUAGAAAAGAGAAAUGGCACAGCAAUUGCAUAUGCCAGCGUGCAAGGAGGGUGUGAAAACUACCCUUAUAGUGAAGCUAUUGCCAAGGAAGUGUGGAUUGUCAGCUGCGACAAGGAAGAAGCGAUUCACAAGGAGACGAUGGAUCUCUUCCCUUGUACGGAGACGCCAGUGUGCCCGAAAAAGAGCGAAUUGUCGAGAAGCACGUGCCUAAAAUUAAUGUAUGAUAGCUUGACCUCCGAUCCCGUGGCCCAGGAUGGAAUCGCCCUCGACCUGAAACAGAAGACGUACGAAUCGGGAUGGAAAUUUGAGCGGAAGAUUUCGCGACUGUCGAUCAAGAAGCCAGAGGGUUUUGCCAAUGCUUACAUAAAGCUUAACGCAAAGGAGAGAGUGGGUGGCUGCUCAGGGAAAAAGCAUGUUGAAAUGAGAGGCCUUGUCACGCAUGCAACUGUGGAUUUCAUUGUGGACUGGGAAUCGUUGCAAAUGGAUGUGAAUUGCAGUUACUCCGGAGAGUUGUGGUUCCAGAAUGCGUGUUUUGAGGACAUGAGGAGCGACAAACUCCCAGAGCUGAAGUACUUGGAAGAGCCGCAGUCGCAGACAGCGGCGCGCCUGGUCCGGAGGCCGUGGUGGCUCCUGGUCGUGGCCGUGACGGCGCCCCCGAUAGCGGUCGCCUUCUUCUGCUCCUUCGCCUGCAGGAGCUGGACAAGGCCCGCCGUCGCCCUCCAAAACGGGAACUCCCACUUGAAGAGCACAAACUCGAAGAAACUGACGCGACGAGAAGUCUUGGUCGCCUACGCAGGAGACAUGAGCGAGGAGGUCUUGCCACUCCUGCAGGUGCUGAGAGAGAGGAAGGACAUCAAGCUUCUCGAUCUCCACGACCAUCACGCCUACGGCAAGCGCCAGGACCCAACCGUGUGGCUGGCCAAGAAACUCCUGGACGACUCCACGAAGAGUCUCAUUGUAGCCUCUAAGGGCGCGAGGACCAUCCAGGAGCUCUUGGGGGCGGAGUCGAAGCUGGGGAUUCGAAGCACCGGAGACAAAAUCGGUUCGUGUGAAGCUCCGAGACAGAGAGAGGUGGUGGCGAAUAAGAAGGAGGAGGAGGAGGAAAAGGAAAAGGAGAGGGAGAAGGGACGCGAAAUGUUAGAGAAAAUUGAUGAAGGAAGAAUAGAAGGAGAAGAGGAACAUAAUAAGCUGAAGAUUCCCGAGUCUCGAAAUGGAACGAAAGACCUUAAAAACGAGGACGUGAGUAGGGCUGAGAGGGAACGUAAAGAGGACGCGAGAAAUGGACAAAGAACGAACGAGAGAGAACAAGUUUACCAUACCCUCUUUGUGGAUUUCCUUAAAAAAAUGCAAAAUGAGCAGUUCGACGUUUGCCAAGUUUUGCUUGAGAACACACCCACGACCGACCUUCUGGACGACAUACCGAAAACACGGGUCUAUCGAUGGCCGGAUCACAGAGAUCAUCUGUUGGCGGAGCUUCAAGUGUGAGGGUCCAAGAUUAUGGAAAGGGACAUAAAUGUAGAUUAUAGAGACGAAUGUUGGUGUUGUAGUCACUGUUAUAUAUAUAUAUAUAUAUGAAUAUAUAUAUAUUUUUUUUCUUCUUCUUCUUCUUCUUCUUUCUUUCUUUUUUUUUUCUUUUUCUUGUUCUUUCUUUCUUUCUUUCUUUUUCUUUAGCAAGUUCACCCACGCCAUGUUAUCCAUUUAGUCAGUUCACCCAAGACAGUUUUCCAUUCAUGUGGAUAUGAAAAAAAUGGGAUAAUUUUCCAUUUCAUUACUAUAAGUAUGUUUCCG